GCCACUGUGCCAGUCGGUCUCGGUCUCCGCAAAAAAAUCAAACACGCCCGAGCUGAGUCCGUGAGCGAGUUGUGUCGAGUCGAGUCGUUAACGCCGAGCGGAUAAAAUUUUGUUAAAAAAGCCCAGAUACAUAGAUACAUUUUCCACAUCUUUUUUGUGUUAGAGUCAAAGAACUAAGAUAAGACUUUCAGAUCUAGCAAAUAUGUCCCAUAGUUCCCCGAGAAGCGUAUCCACUGCUCUAAACACUUAACAAACAAUGCCCAAAGUUAAGGCGCAAGGAAACACUAACAAUCGAAACCAAUAAAAUGAGCCCCGUUGCCUGCAACACCAACACUAACAUCGGUCACAUCGAGCAGGUUGCAGGCACUCAAAGGACAAAACUAGCUGGGAUAGGAUCAAUCCGCAUCGGAACAACCACAAUCACAACGAUAUUGAACCAGCGAUGAGAUGGAGCGUCCGUUGGGAUGACGAACUCAGAAACUCAGUAAGGGAGCUGCAACUGAUACUGAAACUGAAACAGAAACAGAAACAGAAACCACAGCGGCACUCGGAAUUUAGUGGCGACGAAAAUAGAAAAUCUGUGAAAUUCAACCCAAAAUAAACGGCAGAGGCAGCCAUGAACAGUGCGGAUAUAUUGUAAUUAUUAAUGAGCGCAUAGAGCGGGCAGAGUGAGCGGCAGCAGCAGCGACGAACAGAGCGAUACGUAGCGGGAUAUCACGAUGUACACUCUGCUGGAGCUCGACUAACACACUGACACACACCACCCACCCCGGCCCAGGACCCCCAGGACCCUCAGUCCCGACAGAUUCCCCACAGGACGUAAGGACGACGGCAGGCAGGAAAGGCAACGAAAGGCUCAAUUUCAAGGAAUUUGCAAAGCGCUCGCAGACCAGCUCACCCACACACACAUACACACACUAACAGUCACACACACACACACAUGAGCGGGCAUCUCUCUCGUCAGGAUAGAAGUAAUUAAAAGUAAAUAAAGGAGGCAAGUGAAGACCAAAAAAAAAAAGAAAAAAGUCCCUAAAGCGUGAAGCGCUGGAAAGGCAGGAAGUAACCUGAUUACGGGCAGAGAAGCAGCACAAGCAGCAGCAGCAGCAAUUAAUGCCGCUGGAGGAAGGAAUCCGAUUCAGAACCAGAACCAGAAGCAGAAGCAGAAGCAGAGGAAGCGCAUCAGGAUCUGCUGCCACUGGACUGAGCUCGACUCGAUCUCCCAUCACGCGGACGCGGACCGAGUAUUGGAGAAAGGAACAGAGGAGAAGAAAGGAACCACUCUCUAAGCUCUAAACACCCCCACUCAACCAACCAUACACAUGCACUGAAGUACUGACUGAAUGCCUCGCUGCCUAAACAACCAACUAACUCACUGACUGAGAGACUUCAACAAGCGGAGAAGUACGGAGAAAGCCCUGACUAGAAGCCCAAGUAGCCGAGCGGAUAAGAAAUAAAGAAAUAAAGAAAUACAGAAAGGGGGAACCAGCUAGCAACUAAACUAAAGGAGCAACCUUGACUAAUAACUGCAACCACAAGAACAGCAACAAAACAACUACAACUUACUUUAUACGCAACUAAACAAAAAAAAGAAACAAAAAGGAAAACAAACAAAAAAGAAUAACCAAAAACCAAACAAACUUCGAUUUUUAAUGCAAGACUACGAAAAGCCACGACAGCCGUUUUAAAUAAGCAACUUUCGCACCCUCCCGAAAUUUCAACUUCCAACACCUGAAACCAGAAACCAAUCAACACACAAAACACCCAAAAAAAAAAAAGCACACAGCACCACCAUGAGUGAUUCAAAAAUGGACAAGCUGGCCCGGAUGGCGCCCCUGCCCCGCACACCGCUGCUGACCAUCUGGCUGGCCAUCAACAUGGCCCUGAUCGCACAGGAAACGGGCCACAAACGGAUCCACACAGUGCAAGCGGCGACUGGCGGUGGCAGCAUGCUGGGAGACGUAAACAUAUCCGCUAUACUCGACUCCUUUAGUGUUAGUUACGACAAAAGAGUAAGACCCAAUUACGGUGGACCUCCUGUCGAAGUCGGAGUCACCAUGUAUGUGCUAUCGAUCAGCUCGCUCUCAGAAGUGAAAAUGGACUUCACAUUGGAUUUUUACUUUCGUCAAUUUUGGACCGAUCCUCGUUUAGCGUAUAGAAAACGACCUGGUGUAGAAACACUAUCGGUUGGAUCAGAGUUCAUUAAGAAUAUUUGGGUACCUGACACCUUUUUUGUAAAUGAAAAACAAUCAUAUUUUCACAUUGCAACAACCAGUAAUGAAUUCAUACGUGUGCAUCAUUCUGGAUCGAUAACAAGAAGUAUUAGAUUGACUAUUACCGCAUCGUGUCCGAUGAAUCUACAAUAUUUCCCCAUGGAUCGCCAGCUGUGCCACAUUGAAAUCGAAAGCUUCGGUUACACGAUGCGAGAUAUCCGAUAUUUCUGGAGAGAUGGACUGAGUAGUGUUGGCAUGAGCAGUGAGGUCGAACUACCGCAGUUCCGAGUUUUGGGACACAGGCAGAGGGCGACCGAAAUAAACCUAACCACAGGCAACUAUUCGCGUUUAGCCUGCGAAAUACAGUUCGUGCGUUCGAUGGGCUACUACCUUAUACAAAUCUACAUACCCUCUGGACUGAUCGUUAUUAUAUCAUGGGUAUCAUUUUGGCUCAAUCGCAAUGCAACGCCGGCGCGUGUGGCGCUCGGUGUGACAACCGUGUUGACAAUGACCACUUUGAUGUCGUCAACAAAUGCAGCGCUGCCAAAGAUUUCGUACGUCAAGUCGAUUGACGUCUAUCUGGGAACAUGCUUCGUUAUGGUCUUUGCCAGUCUACUGGAAUACGCCACGGUCGGCUACAUGGCAAAACGAAUUCAAAUGCGAAAACAAAGAUUUAUGGCGAUCCAAAAGAUAGCCGAACAGAAAAAGCAACAGCUCGAUGGAGCGAACCAGCAGCAGUCGAAUCCCAAUCCCAAUGCAAAUGUGGGUGGACCCGGUGGAGUGGGCGUUGGACCCGGCGGACCCGGAGGACCCGGUGGCGGGGUCAAUGUGGGCGUCGGUAUGGGCAUGGGACCGGAGCAUGGCCACGGGCAUGGACACCACGCCCACAGCCAUGGACAUCCGCAUGCGCCCAAGCAAACAGUGAGUAACCGCCCAAUCGGCUUUUCCAAUAUCCAACAAAACGUUGGUACGCGCGGUUGCUCGAUAGUGGGACCCUUGUUCCAGGAGGUGAGAUUCAAGGUCCACGACCCGAAGGCCCACUCCAAGGGCGGAACGCUGGAGAAUACGGUGAAUGGCGGACGCGGCGGUCCGCAAUCGCAUGGACCGGGUCCGGGACAGGGCGGCGGACCGCCCGGCGGUGGCGGAGGCGGUGGAGGCGGGGGCGGACUGCCCGAGGGCGGUGGCGAUCCGGAGGCAGCGGUUCCAGCCCAUCUACUGCAUCCGGGAAAAGUAAAAAAGGUAAAGGACAUCAACAAGCUGCUGGGCAUCACGCCCUCCGACAUCGACAAGUACUCACGCAUCGUGUUCCCCGUGUGCUUCGUGUGCUUCAACUUGAUGUACUGGAUCAUCUACCUGCAUGUCAGCGACGUGGUCGCCGAUGAUCUGGUGCUCCUGGGCGAGGAGUAGGGCGUCGUCCUUCAGCGGCGCAAGCGGACGAGGGCGUGGCCCAAGGACACAGGAGUGAACAGCGCACGAGAGAGUCAAACUUGGCAGGGCGCUGAAAAACCACACAAAAAAUGAAAAAAAAAAAUAAAAACGCAGAAACCAAAACCCGCAAAAAAAAUACACAAAAAUAGGCACAAAAAAAAAAUGAAGCGGAAACAAAACUAAUUUUAACUAGCGAUAUGAAAAUGCAGAGGCAAGAGUUUAUUGUUUAAUACAAAGGCGAAAAGGACACACACACAUAUUAAAAGGUCGAAAGCAAAGAAUAUUGUUAAAUAGAUUUACACAGAAUAUAAAUGAAAUGAAGAGAUAAAACAACAUUAGAAUUAACAACCAAAUGAGUAUAAAUGAAUGAAGAAUAAUCAAAAGCAACAGAUUAGCAAAUUGUAGUGAAAAUUAUAUAACGAAGGGCAUAAGUGAAGCAGUUGAGGAGAAUUAUGAACCGACAAAAUAAAACCAUUUCAACCACAAAUAUAACGAUCAAAAAUCAUACGCAACAUAGGCAUUAACGAACGGAAACGAACGAUGACUUUGAGAUACCCUCGAAAUAGCGCAGUCGAUAAGUUGAUUUCAACACACCAAAAUACUAGAAGUUAAAUAAUUUCCAUUAUCUUUGCGGCGUUUUGAGUUUAAGUUUAAGAUACGAAAGACCUUUGCUUCCCACUUCAAAAGCAAAACACCCGGAGAGUCUUCCUCUAAUUUAAGUGCGUUCCCCUUUUCAGCUGCACGCUCCCAGAAACCGAAAACCAAACCUAAACUUAACCGGUACUUAACCAGUACUUAACCGGAACUUAACCGGAACUCACAAUGCUGAUCCAUUGAUUGCCCAUUCAGUUGGUUGAUUUGUUUAUUCAGAACUGACUUAGCGCUUCCAAGUGAAAUGGCCAAAUUUAUUAGAAAUCAAAAUGUAGUAAAAAAAGGAACAAUUUCGACAAUUGCAAAUCAGUUUGGCGAAUUAUUUCGUUAAGUUAACUUUAAAUGUAAAUCGAAAACGAGGCAGUCACGUAAGAUCGAGGGAUUUUUUAAUCAUUUGCACAAGACACAAAACCAAACACUCACAUUCAUUCACACCAAACUCGACACGAAUGUUAUGAAUUAUGAAUUACUUUGGAGCGCACCUUUUAUAAGAAAGCAUCGGAGAUAAGUCAUACAAAUAGUUAGUGCAAUUGACAUAGCGAAAUAAUAGUAUGAACGAUAACGAUUCAUUUUAGUUACACCAAUUUUUAUAUCAACUUUAAACUAACAACAAAUUAUUCAAUAUGCACUCACUCACUCACGAACACGAGAAUCAAACUGAAACAAAAACAAAAGUAAAUACAAAAAUAAAAACUUUUCGAAAACAACUUUGCGGCACCGUAAGAAAUCAAUCUAAAGUCUAAGUGAAAUUUUCAAACGCAAGUAAGCCCAAUAAAUACCAGUUAAUUAAAAAACGAAUACAAAUAGAACAUAGAACAUAAAGAGUACACAAGUAUGAAUGAAACUGCCUAAGAAAAAUAGCAUAUAAGUAUAACAAAUAGUUGCUAAAAAAAAACAUACAAGAAAAACCAAGAAAAUUGAACGAAGACAAUUGAUUUUCAAUUUGUAAAUACAAACAGAACAGUCAGUCGGAACAUUCUCAAAGCAAAGUAGGAGCAAAACUUCGCAAUUAAACUUAGUUAAUGUAAUCGGAUCCGAUUAAGCAAUUAACUCGGAUGCGUUCAAGCAGUCAAUAAAGCGAUAAGCAAACAAAAAAUAAUUAUACCUACGAUGCACCGUCUUAAGUUAGCCUAAUGUCACACACAGAUACACACCAACACACUGACAGGCGACACUGACAAUGGGACACAGAUACUCGACGUAUAUAUCGACCUAUACAUACGUAUAUAUAUAUGUAUAUAUAUAUAUAUAUAUAUAUAUAUUUGAAUUUUCGCUCAAGUUCCUCGAUGAAUCACAGACACAAAGAGAAAGAAACAAAAGAGUUAAGUUAAUUCUAACACAUAAAUUAAAGGCAAGUGAGUUUAACUUUAAACGUAAAAUAAAGAAAUUAAAAUACAAUUUAGCACAAUGGAGAUAACUAAGCAAGCCAUACCAAAAUAUCAUCAAUGAAUUUUAAUUUAGUGUUUAUGAUUAGUGCAAGUGCAGAUCAGAUCGUAAGGCUAAAGAAUUUUGUACAGUUAGCUAAAGUUAAAGCUAGGAUUUAGUUAAGAGCCAUAAUAUGGCCAAAUACACACACACACUCUCACACACACACACACAGAACCACACGUAUAUGUACAUAGAGUAUGGCUUAAGGCGACACACGUAUAUGAGAUAUAUAUAUAUUCAUAUAACAUAUUUAGGCACCUACGUAUAUGUAGCACGAGUUUUUUAUAUGUAAACCAAACCAAACCAAACCAAACCAAAUUGAAACCUAUUCCGAUGGAAAAGAGAAAAACAACACAAAAACAAUUAACUGUAUAUACGAAAAGUACUUAUGAACGGAAGACAGGCAGCGUAUGCUAUGGAUCAGCUAUGGAACCCUAGAUAUACAUAGUUAAGAUGAAACCUUUAACCCUUCUUAAGGACUACCUAACCAAUUCAGCAAUUCAGCAGGACGACUACAGAAGAGAACCCAAGGAAAAUUACUUUAUUAACGAUCUAGACAGACACAAACACUCACUGACACAAGCACAACACUGGAAACAUUUAUGAAAUAACAGACAGAGUCGAGACUCGACUAUUCGAUACCCUUUAGCCACAUCCUCCAUCCAUCGUCUGUCUGCUCUACGGAAAACGCCCCAUGAGUCCUUACCCAUUUUGUACCAACGCGUUGGCUAAAGAGUAUCCCAAAUCUUAAAUAGGAAUCUGAGCGAAAGAAAGCAAUAUAAGGAUUACCAGUUAAUAAUUGAUUUAGCAAUUUCAUUUAUGAUUUACUGAGCCAAGUGAAACGGAUUUGAAGCAAACUGCAAUUGAUCUACCAGCCAUACAAAACAUUCCCCCAGAAAAUAGUUAUGACCCGAGACGCGGCAACAUAAAUGUGAAAUCGGUGAUAAAGAACAUAAGUAAUAUAUAUCUGCGCUUAUAUAUAAAAACACAGAAAAAAAAACAAAGGUCACACACUUAAAUAUAGAUAUAUUUUGUAGCUAUACAAGUCAUAAAUCAAUUAUGUUACCGAAGACAGAAAUCAAAAUGUUUACAAAUGGCUGAUGUUCAUUCGUAAAAGCUCUAUAAAAUAAAUAAUCCCUAUAAAUGAGGUCAAAUAAAUUUUUGAUGCGACAACAACAAGAGAAGAAGAACAACAACAAAUAGCUGCUCAACGGUUUCGGAGCGUAUUUCCAAAGAACGUAAAUUAAUGAUGAAAAAACCAUUUAGUUGUAAACAAUGCAAAGGCGAAAUAGUUGACAAACAUUUUUAAAGAAUAGAAAACACACUUAAUGGCAAAUCGAUGCGUUUAAUUUUUCAUAUGGAAUUUUUUACUCUACAACCUAGUUUACAAUAUUAUUUGUGGUAAUGAAAAGCCAACAAAUUUAGUUGCCCAUAGUGAGGACUUUUUUAUAAAAAAAAAAAACAAAACAAAAGAACAAAUUAACGACGCAAGACGAUGAUAUGCAUAUGUACGUGCUGCGUAUGCAAGAGCAUUUAGGACAACAACAAAAACAAUGAGGACGGAGCAUUCAAGAUAAAAACGAAAUGAUGAAAAUAUGAAAAUAUGUAAAAUGUUAAAUUAUACACACAAUGAAAUGUUUGAAGCAUUUUUGGUGUCGCUGUUUAGACGGCGGCACCAACACCAACGUUUUAUAAAGCAACCGAAAGGGAGAAAUAAAUAAGUAAAUCUAUAUUGGGGAUCGAUAUAAACGUGAUGCGAUGUAAUAAUUACGUAUGUAUGUAUAUGAUGUAUAUUUAAUUAUAUAUUAUAUAUGUAUGGUGGUCUCAAAAACAAAACACGCAAAACCAAAAAUGAAAUUCUAAAGUAUUUAGAUAAGCAAACCAACAAGUUGAGAGCCCUAGAUUAAGUUGAACCACACCACACACAGAUGCUGAUGCAGAUGCAGAUACAAUUACAGAAACUGAUACAGAUACAGAUACAGAUACAGAUACAGAUACAGAUACAGAUACAGAUACAGAUACAGAUACAGAUACUGAUACAGAGAUACACUGACACACUGAGAAAAACCGGACCCCAGUUCAUGCAGAUUGCACCGAAAGCGUAAUUAACAACAUUUUUAAAGUGAAUUCAAAGUUAAUGCAAGUGAAUAUUAUUAUUGAGAAAUAGUCUAUAACCCUAGGCAGCAAGACGCGAUAUUGAUUGAACCAUGAAUUGUUAGAAUGAUAAAACACACUAUAAAUCACACACCACAACACACAUACUUACGGUUGUACGUUGCAUACUCCUAGUUUGUUAUCACGGAGGGUUCAUUUUGAAAUCAUUUUGAAAGUCCCCAAAUCCGCAUCAUUAUCCGUUGAAUCCUUUGCUCAAGCAAAUUAAAAAAAAAAAAAUGCGAAAAUUUGUUAUUACAUUUUAAGAUGAGGGACACCAGCGCAACCCAAUCCCCGAAUAGAGAAUACCCUUCCGCGGGCCCUGGCUACUGAAAUAUAUAUGUAUAUGUGUGUAUGAUUUGUCAGCCAUCAACUUACCAGCUUUUCAAGUCUCAUACUACCAUCGUCAAGCAGUUACAGCUAUCGAAUCGAAAGCUGAUCAAGGAAGUGGGGGGAGUAUUUCUAUAUAAUUUUUGGUUUUAUCCGUCCAUCAAAAAGAGUUCCUAAAUGCAAUAAAUGAACAUGUUUUAUGAUUACCAGCCAGCCGGCCUGCAAUCUGUUAGAUCCCCCCCGUAAUUAAAUUUCCCCCGUUCACAUUGGUCUGCUGUCAAUUAUUGGUUCCACAGCCCCUCAGACGAUUAUUUCCGAAUCCCAGAAUUUCGGUUGCUCAACCCAUCCAUCAGCCUCAGAAAUCCCGAAUGGGAAAACACCCACAUAAGUAUAUAAGCAAGCUAUGUUUGCCAUGUUUGAGGAGCCUCGGAUUGGGAGGCAAAUGCAAGAGGAAUAAUUUAAAACGUAAUGCGUAUGUAAUGAUUGAUCACUGAUCACAAAUUUUGACUGUGUUAAUUUCGUUAUAUAAAAUGAAAAACAAAAUUAAAGAUACAAAAUACAAAAAAAAAGAAGAAAGACGAAAGAAGAAAGAAGGAGGAAAAACUGAAAUGAGAAUAAUUAUCUAUAGCAUAUAAAUGAUAAACACACACAUAACAAACAUAAUUAAAAGGGAAAAUAAUAAGAGAUGAGUGUUACAAAAACGUAAAUGAUAAAACCCAAGAAGGAACCUAUAUUAUUAAGUUAAAUACUAAAACUAAAAACAUCCAAAGGGAAAAAAUGCAAACCAAGAAGGAAUAUUAUAAUAUUGCAAUGAAGUGAAUAUAAAUAAAGAUAUGUAAAAAAAUUACAA